AUGCUGGACCAGACCUCUGGACUGAGGAACCAGGAAACCUCAUCCAGCGCCCCAUCUGGAACUACGCUAUACAUCAAUAACAUCAACGAGAAAAUCGCACUCAAUAAAAUCAAGUUUGUUUUGGCCAAGUUGUUUGGGCGCUAUGGCACCGUGGUUGGAAUCACCGCACAUACAAAUCUCCGGAUGAAAGGCCAGGCCUUCGUCACGUAUAAAGAACCCCAGUCUUGCGAGAAGGCCAUUCUGAAAUUGCAGGGCCGGCCCAUGUUCAAAAAACCAUUACACGUGUCGUUUGCGCAAAAACCGUCGGACCAAGAGAGGAGUCUAAAGGGCGAUUCAGAGGGCAUUUUACGCCGUAAACAGCUUAAAAAAGUUAAAGCAGAGGCCGACGAAAAGGCCAGGGCCGAGGCCCCAGCGGCUCUGCUGGCACCAACGCAAAUAUCCAAAGCACAGGAAAAACAGUGGAAACUGCUUCUGCCGAACAACGUCUUGCUUCUACAAAAUGUGGACGAAAACAAGCUAGAGUUGGCCCUCUUGGAGGAGAAAUUUGGUGCAUUUGCCGGGUUCGCCAAGAUACGGCUCAUUAAGUUCAGGAAGUUAGCAUUUGUGGAUUUCGACCUGGAGCCUGCGGCCACCGCUUGCUUGGAGAAUAUCGACCACGGCCAGUUCGGCAACCUGGCGCUACUUUCCUAUGCUAAAAAGUGA